AUGGAGCAUCAGUACUUCUGCAUCGAGGCCGCAUGGCUGGAGGUGGCUGCAGCUGGCAUUUGCUCGCGCAACGGAAUCAUCUUGAAGGAUGCCAUCGCCAAGGCAGAGAAGGGCAUACCGGUUCAGAUUAAAAAUGACUCCGCCUCGACUCUGCACAACCUCAUCCGGACGACGCACGCCUCGCUGGAGCAGGCCUGUGAGCGAUACUUACACCAGAAUGCGUGGAGUCUUCGACUCACUCGAGCAAGCAAACCAACACCUGCUGUGGAGGCCCUCAACGAGGCGGAGCGCGCGUCCUGUCGCGAACUGGUGGUGCGCAUUGCCAUAACAGGUGCCCUGACGCACUACCAGCGCUGUACACGCAAGUGCAUCUUGCAGAACACCGCCUCGCUCUCUUCGUCCUCGUUUCAGCCGGCUACCACUGCGAGCAAGACCAGGCAGGGUAACAGUGUGACGGACGAGGAACUGGAACGGAGUUUGCAGACGACGCUUUUGAAGGGGCUUCUUUACGCCUUCGAGUCUUUUCAGGAGUGCCACUCCAUGAACCGCGAUCACUAUCCUCCACGCGUGGACAGCAACACUCCGGGCACAGUCGGCUGGGACACACUUGUGCUGCUAUACCUGGUUCACCGCAUUCCGCAAGUCGCCCGCCAUGCGAGUGGCAGAGCCAUUGACGAUUCCAUAGGACAGGUUGUACGAACGUGGCGCAAGCUUUUGGUCGCACUCCAGUCUGUGGACGCCCACGAAGCUCCCGAGCACUCGCGACGUCGUGGGGCCCUCUCCCUAGUGAAUGGUCUCCUCAUCAUUUUGUUUCAGCGCUACAACACCCACCAGUGCGCCGUGCUCUUGGGUGCUGUGGAGCAUGCUGAAAAGGUUGCUGAGUCAUCGCAAGAGCCUGCACGCUCCAUCUUGCACCCGUCGCGGCACAUGGUGUCAGAGGUGGUCACCUAUCACUACUAUCAAGGUCGGAUGCGCUUGUACGAGCGGAAGUUCGACGAGGCCCACCGCAUUUUGCGGAUCGCUUACACGCUUUUGCCGCCCGCAGGGUUCGGCAAUGAGCCGCAGCGCCUCAACAAGGAGCGGGUGCGCUUCUUUCUCUCCGUGGCCGGUGUGGCGAAUGGGCGGCGCAUUCCAGCUGAUAUUCUGCGCGCUGACGAGGAUCUGCUCCCGCUCCUGUUCGGUGCCUUGACCGCAGCCAUUGAGCGAGGCGACCCGGUGUGCUUCUCUGCUGCCCUCGACACCUAUGCCUCGACAUUCCAUCGCCGUGGCGUGUACCUAAUCCUGCAGCAGGCAAAGAUCCUGUGCUAUCUGAUGGUGGUCGCCCGUGUGCACGCCGCCAUGGCUGGAAUUCCGGACGUCGACAACAGUCGUAUUACAAUUCCAGCGUUACUGACCGCGUACACUUAUAUUACCACCGAGGAGCAGCAGAGUGGAAAGGCGUCCGCGGCGUUGAAGAAGCGUUCACGAGACGACGAGGCUGUAUCCCCAGUUGCUGAAGCCCGCAUGGCGGAGAGCGUUAUGGAUGAAGACCGCAUGGCACUCUGGAUUGCAAAACUUAUUGCGCGUGGAUAUGUGCGUGGAUACUACUCGCACGAGCACAGAACGCUAGUCGUGUCCAAGAAAGUCCCGUUCCCUCUCUUAGAAGAAGAAGCGUGA